CCGUAGCAUUGGGAGUUCUUCAAUGUGCCAAAGUCUGUCGCAACACGGAACCUCUUGUUUGAGAUCAUAUCCAAACGACCCAUGAUUUUCACUUCUAAAUGCUGAGCGUUUAGAAGAGGAGUAGUGACACUCCAUUUUUACGUCUUAGGUUUGAUUGGGGCUCGAAUUCACGAUCUCACGGUCAUGAAUGCGAAUUGUAAUUUAAAAUCGUUUUACUAUUCUGCUUUACCAUACUCUGACAUCAUAUUCAAUGAUAAUCUGAGACAUUUCUUGGAGGAAUAUCUAUUAAAUAUAUAUAGUAUAUGUGAAUUUAUUUCUUAUAUAUAUCUACGCGCUAUCUCGUUUAUCUAUAUAUUUAAAUGUUAAUUAAAUUUCAAUCACGAACAACUUGAUAAAUACAGAAUAACCAUUGUAAAUUUUGAUUUAAAUCCAUUGACUAGAGUGAUUUUCCGUCACCAUUCAUUAUUCAAUCUAUUUAUUGACAUCACCAUGUUGGCUCACGGUCAAAAUAACAAAACAAUUGACAGAUAACAAAAAGAGGAGAAGAAAAAAAAAAUGACACAAUGACUAUAGCAUAUAAGACAUAUUCAUACGGUUGUAAUAUUAUAUAUUGACAAGACUUUUCAUGAUUUGAAUUUUUGUAUAAAAUUAUUUUCCGAAAACAUAUACGUCUUAAGCACGAGAUCCUUUUCACAAGAUGAACAAACCGGAAGAUGAUCGUUCAUAUAAAACCUGGGAAAUACACACCAUUAGCAUGUGCCGUUGUCCUUGAUGACAGUUGAUAGUUUUCUGCUUUAUUUCUUUACCUACCCGGAAAAUGGCCGCACUGCUGAAUAUUAUUUGCAUAUUUUGCGCUUGGAUCUUGGUGUCGGAAGGAACAGGUGUGCCCUUCGUUACUGAACUUGAACUAGCGUCUGAGGUCAACACACCGCGAUUCCUACAGAAUCCUGUAGGGGGCAGUUGUAAAUGUAGAGGGACCUCCUGUGGGUGUUGCCAGAAAGUGUCCAUCCUACAUGUCAGCAAGGAAGUUUGCAUCAAUGUGAAGUACUUGAAGAAAGAAAUAGGAGUCCUGCUGACUGUAACUUGGGAUGGAAAAACAGUGUUCAGUAAGGAAGUAUCAGCUGAAAACCCACCACCUAUUUGUUUGAAAGUCCCACUACUGGGAAAGCUGGCCAAACUUUGUGUACAACUGUAUAAAAUGCACGUGGGAAAAGAUGGUUUGUCUGGAUGCUCUCGCAUUACUGUCAAAGUUGUUUUUGUGAAAGUCCUCAAGUUUGAUCUUGGAUGUUUCAACAUUCCGUUCGCCGAAGACGAAACCAUGGCGGGAGCUGUACCUUGGAACAAGCAAGCUCUAAAGACCCUUGAAAUGACAGAUGUGUCCUCCGUUAGUGAACUUAAACCAUUGUCUGGGGACGACACCCUGAGUUUCAUUCAGAAUUCUGUAGGGGGCAGUUGUAAAUGUGGAGGGACAUCCUGUGGGUGUUGCCAGAAAGUGUCCAUCCUACAUGUCAGCAAGGAAGUUUGUAUCAAUGUGAAGUACUUGAAGAAAGAAAUAGGAGUCUUGCUGACUGUAACUUGGGGUGGAAAAACAGUGUUCAGUAAGGAAGUAUCAGUUGAAAACCCACCACCUGUCUGUUUGAAAGUCCCAGUACUGAAAAAGGCCGCCAAACUUUGUGUACAACUGUAUAACAUGCACGUGGGAAAAGAUAGUUUGUCUGGAUGCUCUCGUAUAACCAUCAAAGUUGCUUUGGUAAAAGUCCUCAAGUUUGAUCUUGGAUGUUUCAACAUUCCGUUUGCCGAAGACGAGAACAUGGUGGAGGGUGCGUUGUGGAAUAAGCCAGCACAGCCUAAUUACGAGCAUAAGCCAUUAAUGGUUUACCUAAGACACAUGAUCAAGAAUGGUCACGAUGAUGGUAGCGAAGAGAUUGCAGCGGUCCUCAUGCAGGCUAUCCUGAAAGAAGACUCUUUUUAUUAGAAACAAAGCUAUACAAAGAUCAUGCUUCUAGUUUUGUAAUCUACAAGAAUUCGAGAGUUUGAAAAGCAAACCUGACAAGUUUUCACCUCUGUACAUCUGUUGUAGGGAUUUUGUAAAUAUAUCUUUUUAUGCCUCUCUAUAUCACAUAUAUUAUGACAUUAUGUUCUGACAAAUGCAAUGUAACCAUGUCAACCUUUGUACUGUAAACACACUCAGAAAAAAUACUGC